AUGGCGAUGCAAGAGUUAGAGUUGCUAGCGGCGCAGUCGACAUCGAUUGAACCGCUCAUGAGGUGGAAACCCGAGAUGGAGGCGUUCAUGGCAGAAUUGAGGACAGAGAUGAGCAAUCUGCAGAAGCAAGUCAGACGGAUUGCGUGUAACCCGGUCUACAGUCCCACACUGGAACAACAUGAGCGGCUACUAAAGCAAGUCUUCGAGAUUCUGAUGGAGCAUCAACUUAAGGUUAAGCUGUCGACGUGUUUGUUUGUGCAAAAACAAUUGGUGUACUUGGGGCAUGUGAUUGGCGGAGGGAAGGUCGCCAUAGAUGAGAAGAACAUCCGCACGGUGAAGAAUCGGCCGGUGCCCACUUCGGUCAUAGAGGUGAGAGGGUUCCUAGGGCUUGUGGGCUAUUACUACAAGCUUGUGCAGCACUUCAGAGAGAUCAACUGCCCCCUUACUGAAUUGCUAAAGAAGAAUUGA